AUGAAGCUGGCUGCUUCGCACGAGAGAACGUUGGCUGCGGAGUCGGGGCGUUGCGCUGAGGGGGGCUAUCUGCGUGGCGGUUUAUCUGGGCUGGUGACGCGGCGCGGCUAUAAGAGCGCCACGGCCCACGGCCGCCGCCGCUUCAGUCUGUCCGCAGGCUCGACCGCCGUCGCUACGGAAGACCGCCGCUCCCGCCGCCUCCGCCGCUGCUGUAUGAUCCCUCGCACCGCCAUAGCCCACGUCGACCCCGUCCAUUUGCUGAUUUUCGACUUUUGCGCCGGGUGCCGCAAGAUGUCGGCAUUCCCGCCAAGCAUGCACGCCGUGUACAAAGUGCGCGCCAAUAUGCAGCGCCAAGAUGCACAAAGCCGAGAAGAUCCAGAGGCAUCUGGGACAGGCAGCGCCGGCCGCGGCGGCUUCCCGCACCUGGGGAACAAGUUUAUGGAGGAGUUGCCCACUAAAUACAGUGAUAAGCUGAUGAAGAGUAUCUGGGGUUUCUACAACAGAUAUUCCGUACACAAUUUGAAAAAUAUUGAAGAUGGAAACAACAACAACAGCCAGCAGCAGACGACUUCUGCUGGCUUUGGUGGGCAGAGGGUACCAACACCUCAGCUCACCGCCAACUGGGAUGCUAUGUGGUUCAGUCACAUCUAACUUUGCAAGUUUGCUGUAGCUGACACCAGAAGAGCUCCCAUAUCCAAGAUAUGUGUUCCUUCAAAACAACUUUGUGGGUAAUACAUAAACUUUUGUAGAAAAUGAUACCUACCUAUAAUGAUGUGGGUCAGUAGUCUUUCCGUAGUGGUAUAUGUAGCCGCAUAUAUGGUUUAUCGAAAACUAUUUUAAACAUGUAAUGGUGUUUUCCAACAAAUAUUUUAAAGAAUGUGAGGGUUAAUUUGUAUGUUAAAAACAAUUUAAAAAUGUAUAUUUCAGUGUUUUAUAUUAUAAUGGGAACAUUGAAAAUUAUAACUAUUUGAUAUAAUAGAAAAAAUAAUAAUAAACCUCUGCAUUUUUGUUGGCAAAUUUGUGAAUUACACCAUUCAUUAAAGUAGAGUCCGUAGCAAUCACCACUUAAUAAAAUAAUCUAUUUUGCGUCA